AUGUCUACUGUCCAGACCGCCAAAUCGCCAGUCUCCCUAGUCAAGCGAGGUCAGAUGGAAGGUUGGAUUCCGAAUCACGUCAUAGCAGCAGGAGCAAUCACAACCUUGGGAAAGGUGACAAUCCCGGAAACAGAUGAAAUCUCCACUAGUGCUGAUAGCCACGGGUCGGACUCCGAGCUUGAAUACCUGAUUGAAAGGGUGAGGAAUAACCUUAACCAGCGACAAACAGCAGACAGGGUAUUAUUGGAAAGGACGGGGGGAAUUCUGGAAGAGUCCCACCAACAAUCCGAUAGUAAGCACGUGAAGACAAAGACAGAGGAAGUUAAGAUAACCCAGAUAGCCGCUGUAGAUAUGGAUUCAGAAGAUUUACAGGAUGCGGAAUUACAGUAUCCCAAAAGUAGUAUUGCAGAGUAUGCAUAUAACUGGACGGACCCCCCCAUCAACCAAGUGGCAUCGGUACCCCAUAAUUCACCAGAACCCACCUGGGGACCUACCCGAUCUUCUUAUGUACCCCGCGUUGGAACCAUGGCAUCCCCAGCAUUCGCCAAAUUACUCAAAGAAAAGAUGCACAUGGACUAUGACCAAGGUUACCCCAAGGGCAUCAAAUUCAUAAGCGUCUUACUCAACAAACAUCUAACACAAUUGGAACGAGACUUGGACAAGACUUGGAGAACUACUCAAGAAUGCACAUCGCUAAUUCAAGCUGAGAUCGCGCUUCGAGAAAAUCCGCACAGGAUGGGAACUUUAUUCAAGUUGCACGAGACAAGGCCAUUGGUACGAGACCUGGAAGAAGUCAUAGAAUUAGUAAUAGGGAGGAUUACGCUGGAAGCCACUAUCUGCAAUGGCCAUGGAACGGUAGAUUACAUCGACAACAAUCUACAUCAAGCAUGGGGACAACUUCAUCAUUUUCUCCAUCUAUCCCUUGAACAUCUAACUAUACCCCUGUCAUGA